GCCAGCAGCGCCAGUAGAGAGGGCUCUGCGGGAGCGCCCGGCGGGACGCGCCGAGGGCGGGGCGCGCCGAGGCCGAGACGCUCGUUUGCUCGCAGGCCGAGCAGAUGGCGGCCACGGGCUCCGGGCCCGGGCCACCCCCGGGGCUGGAGGCGGCCCUGCAGAAGCUCGCGCUGCGGCGGAAGAAGGUGCUGAGCGCCGAGGAGAUGGAGCUGUACGAGCUGGCGCAGGCGGCGGGCGGCGCCAUGGACCCCGACGUGUUCAAGAUCCUGGUGGACCUGCUGAAGCUGAACGUCGCGCCCCUCGCAGUCUUCCAGAUGCUCAAGUCCAUGUGUGCCGGGCAGAGGCUGGCGAGCGAGCCUCAGGACUCUGCGACUGUGUCCCUGCCCACAUCGAGCAUGCCGGAGACCAGAGAGGCCUCCUUUCUCUCUGCCAAGAACUGUAGCCCCUCUGCAAGGCCCUCCUUUUCCUCGGCCCCGCGGCCUGCGGCCUCUCCGGUUCUGCAUCACAGCCCAGCGGCCACGCUCUCGCCUCUCUCUCCGGGCCCCCCCGGUUCCCUCCGGUUGUCUUGCUGCCUGUUCUCUUCUUUUGCAGGUUGCAUUUAUUGGUUUAUCUCUGGGGGUUGGUGUGCUCUCUUGUUUCCAUGGAAACUGCUCUGGCCCAAGAAAGCCAGAGCAGCUUUUCGCCUCGAGGGCAGGAUCCUGCUAGCCAUCUGUCAUGCAGCUUAGAGAGCGAGGACAUGAUUUCAUGGUUUAUUAAGAGACAACCCCUCAGUAAUUCUAGAAUGGGACCAACACCGCUUACCCCACAGAGACUAACUCUGCUGGGUGAGACUUGCUCCCUGUAGAGGUGCCCCUGCCCCAGAGGAAGACAAGAGGUCGAGAGGCAGGGAAGAGGCAUGUG